AUGGUCCUCUCCGAACACGUCAACGCCGACAAGCUGCUGUCCAACCUCACCGGCAAGGGUGACGAGCACGCCAUCCGGGCUCUCAUUGCCUCCCACACCCUGCGAGACCCCUACUCAUCCAAGUACAACUCGCAGGAGCCCAUUCCCAAGUUCCGAAUUCCCGAGGAGGGCUGCGAGGAGAAGCAGGCCUACCAGCUUAUUAAGGAUGACCUGGAUCUCGACGGAAAGCCCAACCUCAACCUGGCUUCUUUCGUCAACACCUACAUCUCCGACCGAGCCGAGAAGCUGGCCGUGGAGAACCUGACCAAGAACCUGGCCGAUGCCGACGAGUACCCCGCUCUGAUGACCGUUCACGCCCGAUGUGUCUCCAUUCUCGGCCAUCUCUGGAACAACACCGACCACGAGAAAGCUAUCGGUACUGCCACCACCGGAUCUUCCGAGGCCAUCCAUCUUGGAGGUCUGGCCAUGAAGAAGCGAUGGCAGGAGAAGCGACGGGCCGCCGGCAAGUCCACUGAGAAGCCUAACAUUCUCAUGGCUGCCAACGCCCAGGUCGCCCUCGAGAAGUUUGCCCGAUACUUUGAUGUCGAGGACCGAAUCAUCCCCGUGCGAGAGGCCUCCAAGCACUGCCUCGAUCUGUCCAAGAUCAAGGAGAACCUCGAUGAGAACACCAUUGGUAUCUUCGUCAUCAUGGGAUCCACCUACACUGGCCACUACGAAGACGUCCAGGGCGUCGCCAAGAUUUUGGAUGAGUACGAGAAGGAGACCGGUCACUCCAUUGACAUCCACGUUGACGGAGCCUCCGGAGCCAUGGUUGCCCCUUUCCUCUACCCCGAUCUCGAGUGGGACUUCCGAGUGCCCCGAGUCAAGUCCAUCAACACCUCUGGCCACAAGUUUGGUCUCACAACCGCUGGUCUUGGUUGGAUUCUCUGGAGAGACGCAAAGUACCUGCCCAAGGAGCUCAUCUUCGAGCUGCACUACCUGGGAGGUAAGGAGGAGUCCUACACCCUCAACUUCUCGAGACCCGGUUUCCCCGUGCUGCACCAGUACUACAACUUCCUGCACCUGGGAUUCGACGGCUACAAGCAGCUGCAUGCCUCUUCCAUGGCUAACGCCCGACUGCUAUCUGUCUUCCUCGAGGCUACUGGACACUACACUUGCGUCUCCGAGAUCCACCUGCCUGCUAAUGGCUCCAAGCCCAAGGAUGUCAAGCACGUGGCUACUGCCGAUCCUCUGCAGUACAUGGCUGGUCUGCCCGUUGUUGCCUUCCGAUUCUCCGACUCGUUCCGAAAGGCACAUCCUGAGGUCCCCCAGGCUGCUGUCUCCACCCUGCUACGAGUCAAGGGAUACAUUAUCCCCAACUACGAGCUGCCUCCUUCCGAGCAGAAGACUGAGAUUCUUCGAGUGGUUGUGCGACAGUCCAUGUCCAUCGACCUGCUCGACCGACUCAUGGAGGACAUUUCCGCCAUCACCAAUGUGCUGCUCGAGGCCGUGGAGGAUGUGAAGAAGCUGCGGGCCGAGGGUGACCACGAUCCUCAGCUCAUUCACAAGUACGUUCUGACUCUGGUGACCGGAAAGCCUGUUGAGGAGCGAGAGGAGGACUGGGAGGGACACUCCACUUUCCGAGCUGCCUGUUAA